UUCAUUCCAGCAAACUCAACAGAAAAUCCAGCAGAUCGAAAAGUAUCGAGCAGAAAGUCUCGCGCGCUCCUCAGUGAUGCUCCUGUGGCGCUUCUCCGGGCGCGCGGACCUGCUGCUGCUGAUGCUGCUGGACUUCAUCCAGCUGUCUGAGGGAGUGUAGCUGCUCUUCAUCACUGAGGAGGAGGAGGAUCAGUGUACCGGAGCGCUGGACUCACACGGUGGUCUCCUGUGUGUGUGUGCAGGUGGUCUUCAUCAUCAUGGAGCUCCCGGAGGAGCUGGUGGGGGUCACGGACUCCAUAGCCCUCAGUCUGCUGAACGAGACGCUGUUUCAGGGUAAUAUCAGCGCGCUGGACGGACUGCUGCCCAUCAGCGUGAAGAUCACCGUGGCCGUGGUGUAUCUGAUUGUGUGUGUGGUGGGGCUGGUGGGAAACUGCCUGGUCAUGUAUGUCAUCAUCAGGUACACAAAGAUGAAGACGGCCACCAACAUCUACAUCUUAAAUCUGGCCCUGGCUGACAGUCUAGUGUUGGCCACUCUACCGUUCCAGGGCACAGAUGUGCUGUUAGGCUUUUGGCCCUUCGGUCUGGCUCUGUGCAAGACAGUGGUGGCCAUCGACUAUUACAACAUGUUCACCAGCAUCUUCACUCUGACCAUCAUGAGCGUGGACCGCUACAUCGCCGUGUGCCACCCUGUGCGCUCCCUGGCUGUGCGCACCCCCCACAGGGCCAAGCUGGUCAAUGUUGCAGUGUGGGCACUGGCCUCUGCCAUAGGAGUGCCUGUUAUGAUCAUGGGGCAAGUGGAAGUGGAGUCCAAUGGUAUUGAGUGCAUGGUGGUCCUACCUGAUCCUCGGAGCUACUCUGAGCCCGUGUUCGGGACCUGUGUGUUCCUCUUCUCCUUUCUAAUCCCGGUAGCUAUCAUUAGUGUGUGUUACGGCUUGAUGGUCCGCCGGCUGCGUUCCGUUCGCCUUCUCUCCGGCUCCAGGGAGAAGGACAGGAACCUGAGGAGAAUCUCGCAGAUGGUGCUGGCUGUGGUGGCUGCCUUCGUGCUCUGCUGGAUGCCUGUUCAGGUUCUGGCUCUGGUGCAGGCCUUGGGGAAGGUGGACCUGGGGGGCAGCGAGGUCGCUGUAGCAGCGAUGCACUUCUGCAUCGCCCUGGGUUACGCCAACAGCAGCCUCAACCCCGUCCUCUACGCCUUCCUGGACGAAAACUUCAAACGCUGCUUUAGAGAAUUCUGCCUGCCUGCCAACUCUGUGGUGGAACUGGAGGCGCCGAGGAGGAAGUUGGUGAGGAAGGAAGGUGGAUGUGGAGUAGAUGGCGAGCAAGGAAAUGGAGCAGCUGUUCAAGCUGCAGGCAUACCCAGAUGUGAGGAGUAGAACUCUAACCAGAAGUGCUUUAAAAGAUCGGUUUAGCCAAAAAUGUAUCUUGUUUAUCUUUAAUGAAUUUUACCAGCCAAUGAUUGGUGUUAAAGUGUGUUUCUUUAGUUUAAAGCUAAAGCUAGGAGGCUAACGUAGCAAUUGAUAGAAGCUUACAGACACCAGUUUAAGAUUUAGCCAGACUGCAACCAGGGAGUAAUCAAAACGUUCAGAGUCAACACCAGUAAACAGUUACAACAGAGAGCAAGCAUACCAGUAAUUAGAUUCAGUCCAAUGGUCAUACACAUGCAGGAGAUAUUAGAAGCUAGGUAAGAAUCAAGCUUAAAAAAACAAAACACAACAAGGUCAUACUCGAGAGGGUAACACAGGCAGUGGGACAAACACUUUAUAAAGUGGUAAACCGAACAAUACUUGGCGAGGAGUGUGUGGAGUGAAGGUGUAUAUAUGUGAACAGGUGUGAUCAAUAUUCUGGUGAUUGAGCAAGUGAGGGAAUAAUGUCAAUGUGUGGUAAUUCUGGGUACUUCUGUAUAGGCCCACCACGACAACAGUUUUCAAAUAGAUGAUAUUUUGAGUGAAGGACCACUGCUAUUUCCAGUGCUUUAACAGUAAAAGCAAAAGCGGUUUUAGUUUCCCUCACAUUAAAACAGAAGACUAAUGUAUCGCUUGAUUUAAAGGAGUAAAAGACUACAGCAGCAGCACAACUGUAACAUGAGCAUGUGCGUGUGUCAAGGAGCAGGAGAACAGACUAGCGUGGCUAAUGUAACGUAUUAGAUUAAAUAUAAAAAUAAAUAUAAAGGGCAUUAAAAUGGGGAUAAAAAUAAGGGAGAAAUGUUAAAGAGUAAGAAAUAAAUGCAUUAAAAUUCAUUCAGCCCCAUAUGGCUCUUCACCUGUUUAUACCAAAAAAGGCCUUGAAUUAUCUUGAAAUAUGAACACUAUUAAAUCACCUAUAUAAAAUGACAAAUGGCAUGUACAUCGUAAAAACUAAAUAAACUGGUGGCUGUAAGUUUUUUUUUUUUAUUACACAGUAAUUUAGCUCCAUAGCUUCAGAGCAAAACUAAAGCAUUUGACAUUUUCAACACAAAAACACCUUCUGGCUGAUUUGGCUACAUAAAAGAAAAAAUGCACACAUUUGAUUUUCUGGUUGAAGUGAAUGUUAUGUAUUUAAUGUAUGUAAAUAUAAAAUAUAUUACUUUGUAUAGAAUUCUAAUAAUACCAGUGUAAUUAUAGCAUACAUUAAAGCAUCUUAAGGAGUUUUUAAGGAGACCAAACUGAUCGGAAAAUGGUAAAAUGCUUUGCCACUUGGGGACAAAAGGGCUUACCUUGUUAAUAGGCUUUUUUCAUUUUUGGUUAAAUUAUUUUUGGUGAAAUUGAGGCCUUUAUGCUUAUUGUAACGAUGAUGUCUAUUCCAGAACUCAGCAGAGCAGAAAUGUGCAAAGCUUGUUUGCUUCAAGCAACCUUCAUUAGGACUUGAUACUACUAAUGAAGGCCCAUCAGUUUAAUGGUACACUGGAUGAUAUUUAUUAAAUGCUGCACUGCCUGUAAAAUAAGGCUGUAUAAUAUUUAUCACUGUGUUAAUGUGGACUUACUGUAUAAUAUAUUCCUCAGUGUUGCAUAUUAGCUUUGUACAGAAAUAUACUUAUCUGACUGUAGAAGCUUAAGAUC